AUGGAGGAAACGAAAGCUAAAGGAAAUUGUUUCAAAGAGCCGGCAGGUAUCUCAAGUGCAAGAGAAGAUAUGAUAAGCGAACUACCCGACUCUUUGAUAUCUGAGAUUCUCUCGUAUCUUCCGACAAAGGAAGCUGUUAGGACUUGUGUUUUGUCCAAUAGGUGGAAAAGUCUCUGGCUUUUAAUCCCCGGGUUGGAUUUCGGCUCUUCCGAUUUCCCAUGUUACAAAUCUUUUGAGAGAUUUAUAGACAGGUUCCUAGAUUUCAAAAGGAAAGAGAAUUCAUGCUUGCACAAGCUCAAGCUAAUAAUAAGCAUUAUGGAUGACCAAUCUUGUGCCACACGUUGUAUAGACUUUGUGGCUACGCGUAAACUUAAGCAUCUUGAUGUUCAGUGUGAGUGUCUGAAAGUGAUGCCCUUACGCCUCUACAUAUGUGAGACUUUACUUUACUUGAGACUCCAUCGGGUUUCAAUAGGUAGUUUUGAGUGUGUUUCUUUACCGUGUGUCAAGACUAUGCGUUUGGAAAAAAAUGUAUAUGUCAAUGAUGCGUGCCUGGAAUCGCUUAUCUCGUCUUGCCCUGUUCUUGAAGAUUUGAGUAUUGUAAAAAGACAUGAAGAUGACAAUGUAAAGGUUUUACGAGUGCACUCUCUGACGUUAACUAGUCUCAGUAUAGAAGCAGGAAGGUGUGAGUAUACCGGAAUAGAUUAUGAAAACGCAGGGUUUAUUAUUGACGCCCCUAGACUCAAGCACUUGAAUAUUAAAGAUGCUACAUCUAAGAACAAAACCAUAAGCAAUUUGGGUUCCUUAACCAAUGUCAACAUUCUUUGCAAUAGGUGUCCGAGGUAUAUUGCUGAUUAUGAUGAAGUCGAGUUACGUAACUUUUUUACAAGCAUCUCAGGAGUUAGGGAUAUGAAGAUCUCUUGGGAAGCUUCCCAUGAAUUUCACUCCAUUGCCACAAUUUUGCAACCUGUCCAGUUUGGAAGUAGAGAUUUAUCAUCACCUCCUGGAAGAGCUGCCAAGGAUUUAAUUGGUUCCUGGCUGCCAGAACAAAUAAAAUUGACGACCGCGCCUCGCUGUUUGAUGUCAUCGCUCGAGUUUGUAGAGUUUGUAGAGAUAAAACACAAGAACAAAUAUACGAUAGACCCCGCUAUCAAAUUAGCAAUGUACUUUGCAGAGAACUCAGUAAUCCUCAAAAAACUUGUGCUGCGUUUGGGAGGUUUUAUACCUGCAGAAGGAAUUCACAACACAAGCUUACAAGUGCUAAAGAUAAUCUGCCUCUCUCUAAUCGGACCACUCAUCGCGUUGACUUUCUGUGUCGGUCUUGUCAUGUGCAGCUCCGAUAGAGUCUCUUCUCAGGUCAUACAACACGCCAUGCUUGCAAGGAUUUCCGGAUCCGUGAUACCCCAGCCAGAAAGCGAACAAGUCAUCACGAGGACGGGUCUCGAUGAGUCUACGAUUGAGUCUUACAAGAAAGUUGAGUUAGGUGAGAGUAGGAGACUUCCGACCGGGUCAAAUGAUGUUGUGUGUUCCAUUUGUUUGUCCGAAUACGCAAGCAAAGAGACCGUUAGGUGCUUACCCGAAUGUGAACAUUGUUUCCAUACUGAAUGCAUUGAUGUGUGGCUCAAGUUGCAUAGUUCUUGUCCGGUUUGUCGGAGCAAUCCUUCUCCGGCGCGUGAAGGCUGCAACUAA